CGUCAUGCACUGCGCUCGUCCUUAGAGUUAAAGAUGGCGUCGAGGGCACCAGUAGCGACGGGCCGGCUAAUGCUCGGAAUCCGCAAAUGGUAUUACGGCAUGUGUGGCUUCAACAAGCUUGGUUUAAUGCGUGAUGACACAAUCGAAGAAAAUUCGGAUGUGAAACAAGCCCUGAGCCGGCUUCCAGAGAAUGAGCUCAACAACAGGGUGUUCAGGAUCAAGAGAGCCCUGGAUCUUAACAUGAAGCAGCAGAUCCUCCCUAAAGAUCAGUGGAUGAAAUUCGAGGAGGAUGUCAGCUACCUGUCCCCAUAUCUGAAUGAGGUGAUCCGUGAACGUGAAGAAAUGGAAGAGUGGUCGAAGAAGUAGAUGGUUCCUGAUCAGAGCUGUGGAUCUUGAGUCCGUACAUGUUUGUCCCCUGGUUUAAUAUUUAAAAUGAAAAGUGACCCCUAUAAGAUGGUGCUCAUUAAAGAAAUAUACAUUUUCAAA